AUGCGCGGAGCCGCCGUCCGACAAGCGGUCCUGGCGACCCGCGCCAGCCGGCAGACCGCCUCCGCCGCAGCCGGCAGAUCUCGCACCUUCGCGACCACGCCGGCACGGCGGAGCGGCGGGCACGGGCACGGCCCGGAGUACGACCCGCCGACGGGGUGGCUGUUCGGCGUGCGGCCCGGCGAGAAGGCGGAGAAGGAGGGCUGGGAGGGCCUUGCGUACUAUGGCUUCUGCGGCAGCCUGGUCGCGUUCGGGAUCGCCUACGCCUUCAAGCCUGAUACCUCGAUACAAACCUGGGCUCUCGAGGAGGCUCGCAGACGGUUAGAGGCCGAGGGCAUCCUGGAGGAUCCCGCUAAGAAGAACUAA